CGCCUUGGAAACGAAGGCAGCCAAUCCGUGCAGCGGGUUACGCUCCACCCUGACAACAGCGCCGGUGGCACUUCGUUGGGGUGGGUUCCGCGGCCCUGCGGGCGGCAGACUGCGAUGCUGAAGGCCAAGAUCCUUUUCGUGGGGCCAUGCGAGAGUGGAAAAACUGUUUUGGCCAACUUCCUGACAGAAUCUUCUAACAUCGCCGAAUACAACCCAACCCAAGGAGUGAGGAUCCUGGAAUUUGAGAACCCACACGUUACCAGCAGCAACAAAGGCACGGGGUGUGAAUUUGAGCUGUGGGAUUGUGGUGGCGAUCCAAAGUUCGAGUCUUGCUGGCCAGCCCUAAUGAAGGAUUCCCACGGAGUGGUGAUCAUCUUCAAUGCUGACAUCCCGAGCCACCUGAAGGAAAUCGAGAUGUGGUAUUCCUGCUUUGUCCAGCAGCAGUUCUUACAGGACACCCAGUGUCUGUUAAUCGCACACCACAAACCAGGCUCUGGAAGCGUUAAAGGAAACGUGUCUUUGGCGCCACCCUUGAACAAGCUGAAGCUGGUGCACUCACACCUUGAGGAUGACCCCGAAGAGAUCAGGAUGGAAUUCAUAAAGUAUUUAAAAAACAUAGUCAACUCAGUAUCUGAGAGCAGAGACCGGGAGGAGAUGUCAAUUAUUACCUGACCAGCCUUCAUCGGGACUUGCCCACAUCCCACAGGAAGCCAGCUGCUUUCCCAGCACAGAUUUGAAACCUUACCCAGCUGCUGAUGCUUUCUUCUCCCUGUGGCUGUAAAACAAAGUUUCCUUACCUGUCUAAAGGUACUAGUCAGCCAGGGAGUUGAGUCUUACCAUCUAUCCUCUGUCCUUAGUUCAGCUGAGAAAAGCCUAUUAUUGAAUUCUGAUUCCUUCACCCCAGACCUCUCCAAAGAGCUAGAAAACAGGUUUUGUUUCUCCCCCUUCACGUUUGUCAAGUUAUAAAAAUUGUGGAAUUGUAACUGUCAUAGCUCAAUUAUACAGCAGUGGUUGAAUCCGUGUGUAUUGGUUUGAAUGUGAUUUUCCUUACUUAAUUCACUCAACAAAUACCAAUUUGUUGAGCAUCUACUAUGUACUGUGCUGCUCUAGCUGCUGAUGGUGUACAUUAACAAAACAUAAAAACCCUUGUCCUCAUGGAGCUGCUAGAAUAUAUUAUUUUUAUAUAUGUUAAUUAUAGAAAAUACAUUAACUGUAUAUUUCUAAAUAAUAGGAAGAGUCAAAAACUUAUUAAAAAUUGUGGAUUCUUCAUUUUCUGUAAUUGGUCUACAUCCCUGCUCCCAUCCUCCUGAUAAUGAGGGGACCUGGAGCACCUAUGAUGCCAAAUGAAGGUACAGUUGAUCUUUAUUUGUGGAUUUUGUGUCUGUGAAUUUGCCUACUUGCUAAAAUUUAUUUGCAACCGCCAAAUGAAUACUCUUUGAGGUCCAUUAUCCAGCCUACCACAGCUGCCAUUCACUGAGGCAUUCAUGGAAAAGGAGAAGCAGAUUUUUGUGGGGGGGAGAUGACAAACAACUAGUCCAAGAUGACCCAGCAAAUUAGGGACAGGGACAGAACUAGAUGCUGCACCCCUGCUCUUUCCAAUGUCUCAUGGUAAGUGGGCAGAUGAGUCCACAGAGGAGCAUGGCCAAGAGAGGCACCUCUGAGGUCCAUCCUAGUAAAGCAAGAACAGUAGCAGCAGAGCAAGCAACUCCUUUGAAGCCAACUACCCAGAAAAGGGUUUGCAAGUAUGUUGCAGACUGCAACUAGCAUCUUAUUUCUUGACCAGUCAGAUGACCAAGUGGGAUUCUGAAGCUCUGUUGCAAAGAAAACUAAGACUUACUCAUUUACACAGUAACCUGAAUGUCCAUAUCUCAAAACCGUUCAGGAAAGCUCCUGGAGAUCGUGAUAUACUUUUUGUGGAAGACCGUAAGACUCAUUUAGCCAAAGGGUAGGCUAAAUUGCUACAACAAAGAGUAGAGCUGUGCUGGUAAGAGGGCAUCUAAGAGUUAAUAAAAAUGCAGUACUCCUGAUACGCAUUGAAAAGAAAA